AUGGGGAAGGACCAGGAACUGCUGGAAGCUGCUCGCACUGGGAAUGUGGCUCUGGUGGAGAAACUCCUCUCUGGGAGGAAAGGAGGGAUCCUGGGCAGUGGAUCUGGAGCUAUUCCCUUAUCCAGCUUACUGAGCAUCUGGCGAGGACCAAACAUAAACUGCACAGACAGUUCAGGUUAUACUGCUUUACAUCACGCAGCUUUGAAUGGACACAAGGAUAUAGUUCUCAAAUUACUUCAGUAUGAAGCAUCUACUAAUGUGGCAGAUAAUAAAGGUUAUUUUCCUAUUCACUUGGCUGCUUGGAGAGGAGAUGUAGACAUUGUGAAGAUUCUCAUCCAUCAUGGACCAUCACACUCCAGAGUGAAUGAACAGAACAAUGAAAAUGAAACAGCACUGCACUGUGCAGCUCAGUAUGGUCAUUCGGAAGUAGUUGCUGUCCUGUUGGAAGAGCUAACAGACCCUACAAUAAGAAACAACAAACUGGAAACACCUCUGGAUCUGGCAGCACUUUAUGGGCGCCUGCGUGUUGUAAAAAUGAUCAUCAAAGCAUAUCCCAACCUGAUGAACUGUAACACAAGAAAGCACACUCCUCUGCAUCUCGCUGCACGGAAUGGCCACAAAGCUGUUGUGCAGGUGCUUCUGGAGGCUGGAAUGGAUGUCAGCUGCCAAACAGAAAAAGGGAGUGCACUACAUGAAGCAGCUCUGUUUGGAAAGGUGGAGGUAGUACGCAUUUUGCUUGAAACAGGAAUUGAUACCAACAUAAAGGACAGUUUGGGUAGAACAGUUUUAGAUAUUCUUAAAGAACAUCCAUCUCAGCAGUCUCUUCAAAUUGCAGCUCUACUUCAAGAAUAUAUGGCAACAGGAAAUGCAAGUAUUUCAGAGGAGCGCCCACUGGAAUGCGCAGAGCAUCAGUCUUGCAUUUUGUCCCCAGAAGUUCCUCCGUCUCCAAAGGCUAAAAGUGAAGCUGUGACUGGAGAAUUAUCAAAGCUCUUAGAUGAAAUCAAAUUGUGCCAAGAAAAGGAAUACUCUUUUGAAGAUCUCUCUCAUACAAUAUCAGAACAUUUUCUGGACAAUUUUAGUAAAGUGUCAGAGGAAGAACUUAUGACCAGUGGAAGCCAAACCAAGCUUAAUGUAGUAAGGUUCUCAAACACUGUAACAGCCUCCCCAGGGAGGUGAGAGGAAGAAGAUGAUGAUGCAGGUGAAAAUACUUGUGGGCCUUCAGGUUUAUGGGAGGCACUGACACCUUGCAAUGGCUGCAGGAACCUCGGCUUUCCCAUGCUUGCACAGGAAUCUUAUUCAAAGAAGAGAGGUUAUGCACUGGAAGCAAUACCUUCUGUACCUCUGGAUGCAGUUCUUACAGAAAAUGACAGCAGCCUUUGUGAUUCCAUAGAUAUAGCCGUGACCAAAAAGCCUUGUUCCCUAGAAAUAGCAAGAGUUCCCUCUUCAAGACCAGAUAAUGCACCUCAGGUAGCAAUUACUGCACCAGGAUCUGGUAACCGUAGAAACAGCUCCACAGGCCCAACACCUGACUGCUCUCCUCCAUCACCAGACACUGCACUUAAAAACAUAGUGAAAGUUAUACGUCCUCAGCCCAAGCAGCGCACAUCAAUAGUAUCUUCCCUGGAAUUUCACCGAAUGAAUCACAGCCACAAUUAUUUUGAAAUCAACUCAUCCAUUGGCUGUACAAGUUUUAUUUCUACUCCUGCAAUCAGUCCAGCUAAUUACUCCCUUGGAUCUCUGGAAUACAAUAAGGAGGGGACACAUUAUUUUGAGGAUCUGGAAACAUCCACUGAAAGUGAGCUUCCUAAAGGACACCCUGCUGAACAGUUUGCAGGUUUACUUCAUGGAUCCUCCCCUGCCUAUGACCCACCUGACAAUCCACUCCAUCUGUACAGCAAAGCAAGCCAGUGCAGUGGGCCGCUAGAGAAAAGCAUUUUGAGCAAGAGCGCAGCACAGCAGAUACAGCUACGGAAAGAAAGCAGCACUGAUCCUCCUGUUAAGAAAAAAAAGCCACCAGUUGUAAACAGAACCAUAUUUCAUACUAAAACUAAGCCAGUAGAAAAUCAUACACUGGUUGGCCCCUCAGCAAGGCUAAGUGAACAAUGGGUUAUCAGCACUGGGGGGUUUGUGGAGCGAGCAUGCACGCUGGGGAGAAUCCGAUCCUUACCAAAGACUUUGCUUGAAAUGCACAUGUGCAAAAAUGUUUCAAAAUCUGAUUCUAACCUUAUCACCCACCCACCAAAUGACAAAAAAGCAAGAAGCAACUGGAGUGAGCCAACACCAAAGCAGCAGUGCUCCAAAGGGAAUUCAGAGAGGACACCUUCGUUCACAUCAGAAUGGGAAGAGAUUGAUAAAAUCAUGAGCUCAAUAGAUGCUGGAAUUAAUACUGGACUGGGGGAGAUGAAUGAUCCGACUACAAGACCCCGAUGCCCUGUCCAGACAGUGGGACAAUGGUUGGAAAAUAUUGGGCUACCUCAGUAUGAAAACCACUUGCUGGCAAAUGGAUUUGACAAUGUGCAAUUUAUGGGAAGCAACGUAAUGGAGGACCAGGAUCUCUUGGAAAUAGGAAUCCUUAACUCUGGACACAGGCAGAGGAUACUCCAAGCAAUCCAGCUUCUCCCUAAGAUGAAGCAGAUUGGUCAUGAUGGCUACAACCCCACCUCUGUAGCUGAAUGGCUGGAUUCCAUUGAACUGGGUGACUAUACCAAAUCCUUUCUAAUUAAUGGCUAUACAUCGAUGGACCUUGUGAAAAAAAUCUGGGAGAUUGAAUUAAUUAAUGUCUUAAAAAUUAGCUUGAUUGGCCACCGGAAGCGUGUUCUGGCGUCUUUGGGAGACAGGCUUCACGAAGAUCCUCCUCAGAAACCACCUCGGUCAAUAACCCUCAGGGAACCCAGUGGUAACCACACUCCUCCUCAGUUGUCUCCAUCACUUAGCCAAAGCACUUUCACUACUGGUGGCUCCCUGGACGUUCCCCACAUUAUCAUGCAGGGUGAUGCAAGAAGAAGAAGAAAUGAAAACUAUUUUGAUGAUAUUCCCCGGUCCAAGCUGGAGAGGCAGAUGGCACAGUCCUCUGUCUGUGAGAUCUGGAGCAACCAGAAUGCAGGAUAUCCUUUCUCCUCGAUCCAUCAGGUUCAUAAUACAGGAGACUGGGGAGAGCCUUCAAUUACCUUACGACCUCCAAACGAAGCCACAGCAUCAACGCCUGUACAGUACUGGCAACAUCAUCCAGAGAAACUCAUCUUCCAGUCAUGUGAUUAUAAGGCAUUUUAUUUAGGUUCUAUGCUGGUAAAAGAGUUAAGAGGCACAGAGUCAACACAGGAUGCAUGUGCAAAGAUGAGGGUAAACACACAGAAGUCUACGGAACAAAUGAAGAAAGUACCAACCAUUGUCCUGUCUGUCUCUUACAAGGGAGUCAAAUUUAUUGAUGCUACAAAUAAGAACAUUAUUGCCGAACAUGAAAUCCGGAACAUUUCCUGUGCUGCACAAGACCCUGAAGACCUUUCUACAUUUGCCUACAUCACUAAAGACUUGAAGACUAAUCACCACUACUGCCAUGUAUUCACUGCGUUUGAUGUGAAUUUAGCUUAUGAAAUCAUUCUUACACUAGGACAAGCAUUUGAGGUGGCCUACCAGCUGGCACUACAAGCACGAAAAGGGGGUCAUUCUUCAACCCUCCCAGAAAGCUUUGAAAAUAAACCUUCCAAACCAAUUCCCAAACCACGUGUUAGUAUUCGGAAGUCAGUGAUAGAUCCAUCUGAACAAAAGACUCUUGCGAAUCUACCAUGGAUUGUUGAGCCUGGACAAGAAGCCAAAAGAGGCAUUAAUACCAAGUAUGAAACUACAAUUUUCUGA